AUGGCUGGCUACAAUGGGCGUCGCGCCCCUAACUUCUCGCAAUACCUCGACGAUCUGAAUGCGAUCCCGUCACCCUACGACCAGGCUCUGCAGCAACAGCAGCAACAGCAGAACACAUUCACCGUCGACAAUGAACUGGCUAUGUUCACAAACGCUGAGUUCUUCGACUUUGAUGGAUUUGGUGAUCUGAGCCUGCCCAACUUUGACUCGGUCGAUCAAAAGCAAACUACAACCAACGAGGUCUCUGGCGAGACUGAUCAAAAUGGUGAUAUGAAAUUCUUGGAUUUUUUGAAUGAUGGCAUGAACAACAUUUCCGAAUACAGCCCCGAGCUGGGUUCUUUGAUGACCCCAUCUAUGCAAAUACAGAAUGCGCCAUUCUCGGGUACCCCAACAGUGCCUAAUGUCGCCUCGACUCCCGCCCACUCCACCCACAUGAGCACACCGCAAAAUGUGGUGCCAGCUUCUCCCCUGACCAUCGGGUCAGCUGGUUCAUCUCCUGCUGCCCCUAAGCGCAAGAGCUCCAAGUCGACCCAGGCCAGCGCCGAAGAGGCAGCCCGUAACGCCGCUGAAGAAGAUAAGCGUCGUCGCAACACCGCCGCCAGUGCCCGUUUCCGUGUGAAGAAGAAGCAGCGUGAGCAAGCUUUGGAGCGUUCCCUCAAGGAAACUGCUGAUAAGAGUGACGCUCUCGCCGCUCGCGUCUCUCAGCUGGAGUUGGAGAACCACUGGCUCCGUGGACUGAUCAUGGAGAAGAAUGGAACUGAGGAGCGCGAUGAGGCCUCUGAGAAGGCCAUUUCCGAAAUGUUCAAGAACUUCAUGGCAUCCCGCGAGUCAGAUCCCUCCAAUCUCAAGCUUGGCGUUGGCACCAUUGCCUAA